CGGGGGUUCGGGGGUUUAAUUAUCCGGAUGAUCGGAUAAUUGUAUUCUACUGCCAACAUGACGACAGCCAAACCAAAGCAACCUGCGAGCUUUGCAUGGCUGGUGAGGGACACCCUUGUGUCCGUGGGAGUGACGUACUUGACACCAGAGCACUUGCGCAGGUCCAAGUCCAGUGAUGCCACCAAGAACAGCGACCAUACAGCAUUGGUAGGUCCACUGGCAAAUAUAUGGGGAUCAAAUUCUCCAUAUUAUGCUGUUUUGCUAGAGCUCCUUGUUGUGGAGAGCAUUGCACGACUUGAGUAUGGUAGUUCUGGCAGACUUUGACAUUGACACUGUCGCGCUGGCCAUGGAAUCUCAAGCGUUAAGCGACGACGAGAAUGGUAUCCAGGUGUGCAUUGACGUGUCGCGAUACUACCUGUACGAUUGGGGCUUCCUCUGCCACGAUUUCUACUCGUCGUCGACUCCAUUGGACGUCUCUGGCCCAGUUCUGUUGUCGGCCUUGGCCUUUGUGUUGACCUAUGGCGACUUUUUUUCACGACAAGCAUUGGCCAUCGUUCGAAUCCAACUAGCCUGCGACACUGUGUGCAUUCCGCCCUUUCCACUUGAACCUCCUCUCCAAGCCCCUCACAUCUCCAAUGCCAUUGCCGAUGCCGUGGCAACCCACCAACCUACGAUCGUACACCAGAUGGAAUCACAGCCAUCCGUUUCGGAUUUGGUGCAUCGCGUUCACGCCACGUAUGGCGCGUUGCAGUACAAACUUCGGGAACUCGAUGCGUUAAACGAGGCCCAUUCGAAAUACGUUCACAGGAUUCACACCACGCAGCAGGACAACUUGGGCAGCGUCAUUUUGAUGGACACACGAGCUAUAGCCGAACGCUUGUCGUCGCCAUAUAUAUUAUGGCUCUUGCGGUGUCCGGCACAGCUACAGGUUCAUGAGCAAGCCCUGGAAAAGCGGCUAUCAAAUUUCGCAGAUGAAAAGCUGUAUUAUCAGUGGAUGGUGUCCGUGGUGGGCCAAGUUCGGCCAAGUCCGAGUGCCGUUCAUCAUGUGGACACGUCAUCGAGAUUUGCCGAUUUGCUGGCGUCCGCUGCAACUGCCAACGAUCAUUUCCAGUCGCCCCCCAACAAAGAGCUGUACCGUGUAGUGUCCAAGCAGUGGAAGGAUAUUUCUGCACCGGACAAGGCCAAGUUCAAAACCAAAAUAGACCGUGCGAUGGCCAAAAUGCAGCAAGAACUGCCGACUUUGAGCGCGUUGUACCAGCCCCUCCCGAAGAACUCGACCAAACCGCCGCCACAUGAUGCAAAAAAGCUAGACGAACCGGCCAGUCCAACGUCGUUGAAAGUGGCCACUGUCCAAGACCAAGUGGACGCCCUCGUGGCGUUGAUGGAGCGCCGAUUUAAAGUAAAGUUAGUGUAAUAACUACUCGUACCAAAUUCAUAGCACAUAUAUAUAUUGACACAAA